CCAUGCCAGAUGUUCAGUUUCAUAGUUCGGUAAUGCCAAUUUUAGGCCAAUUAUUAAAUUAUUAAUAUUUCUGCAAAAGUAGUAUGAGGAUCUCACAUCAAUCUUAGUUAUUUGAAAAACUGAAAUUUGGCGUACCUCAGUAGAAACGUUUCGGUAUCACUGUGAUUUUUUCGAUUUUUUAGUGUGGGCCUAAGACUGAGAGACUACAGACUUGAAAAGUUGUUCUGGCAUCCUUGCCGAUGACAUUGCUUGUUUCGAGUUCGAAGAGGUAUCUCAGAUUUGAAAGUAUUAAAAAAAAACAAUUUAAUUAAAAUGCCUAUUGAAAAUCUUGAAGAACAAGGAUUAGAGAAGAAUCCUAAUCUUGAGCUGUCGCAAAUUAAGUUCUUGCUUAGUUUACCGGAAUACAACCAGGAUAAGCCAUUAGCCGAGAAGUUGUUCUCUGCGAUUAAAGCGGAUAAUAUGGGUCCUUGGUACGAAGAAGUAUGCAAAGAUUUGGGUUGGACUACAGAUAAUCAGUUACUAAAUGAAAUGAAAGAAGUGAACCGCAAAAAGCUCGAGGAACUCGAUGCUAUCAUUGAAGAUGCCGAGAAGAAUUUAGGUGAAAUGGAAGUAAGAGAAGCCAACCUGAAAAAAUCGGAAUAUCUAUGUAGAAUUGGAGAUAAAGAAGGUGCUAUAUCUGCAUUCAGGAAGACGUAUGACAAAACAGUAUCUCUUGGUCAUCGUUUGGAUAUUGUUUUCCAUAAUAUUCGCAUAGGAUUGUUUUAUCUGGAUCAUGAUUUGAUUACAAGAAAUAUUGAAAAAGCGAAAACCCUAAUCGAAGAAGGAGGAGACUGGGAUCGACGAAAUCGUCUUAAAGUUUAUCAAGGAGCGUACUGUGUAGCAAUACGUGAUUUCAAGGCUGCUGCAAACUUUUUCUUGGAUACAGUUAGUACGUUCACCAGCUACGAGUUAAUGGAUUACGCUUCUUUUGUGCGCUAUACUGUUUAUGUGUCAAUUAUUAGUUUGCCAAGAAAUGAACUUCGAGAUAAAGUCGUCAAAGGAGCCGAGAUUCAGGAAGUUUUGCAUCAACUACCCGAUGUCAAAGAGUACCUAUUUUCCUUGUAUAACUGCCAUUAUGCGGACUUUUUCAAAAACCUUUCACUGGUUGAAACGGUAUUGCGCAAAGAUGUUCUCUUCCAUCCGCAUUAUCGUUUCUACGUACGGGAAAUGAGAAUCCUAGCAUAUACUCAGCUUCUGGAAUCAUAUCGUUCACUUACACUGCAGUACAUGGCCAAUGCAUUUGGUGUCAAUGUUGAUUAUAUAGAUGCAGAGCUUUCGAGAUUUAUUGCUGCAGGACGUUUACACUGUAAGGUGGAUCGUGUAGGAGGGAUCGUUGAAACCAACCGCCCAGAUAAUAAAAACUGGCAAUACCAAGCUACGAUUAAGCAAGGUGACAUUCUGCUCAACCGCGUACAGAAGCUUAGUCGAGUUAUUAAUAUAUAAAUUUUACAAUGUGAAUUGAGUGUAGCGUCAUACUUUUGCUGCAAAUAAACCUUAAAACUCUUCAUUGAAAA